GAUUACAGGCGAUUUAAUUCCCGAAGCCAUGUCACUUGUGGGGGCUCGCGCGGAGCCAGCCGUAUUGCAGCUACAGUCGUGAAGUGGUGCUGACUUCGCGACAAUGAGGGACGGGCUGAACAUUUCAUCCCUGCCCAGUCCUCAGGACAGGUACAAGUUAGAGAAGAAGCUCGGCGCUGGUAUAUUCGGGGAGGUGUACCGAGCUCUAGACUCUCAGGCGGCUGGCAAAGCGGUGGCCAUUAAAAUCCAAAUCAACACCGAAGAGAACGAGACCCACAUCCAAGAUGAAUACAAGAUCCUCAGAGACUUCACCCAGCAUCCCAACAUAGUUGAUUUCUACGGUGUGUUCUGCGAGAGAAUCGAUUAUGAAAAACGGAUCUGGUUUGUGUUGGAGUUAUGCGAGUACGGAUCUGUCAUCGACAUGGUCAGGAAACUCAAGGCAAUGGACAGAAAAAUGUCCGAGGAGCACAUCGCUUACAUCCUCAAAUAUACGAUCAAGGCUGUGGUAUACCUACAUGAUAACAGUAUACUGCAUAGAAAUAUAAGAUGCAGCAAUAUACUAAUUUCAAAGGAGGGGGAGGUAAAACUGACCGAUUUCAGUCUAUCGUGUAAAUUGAACGGCCCCGAUGAUAAAGCGAAACUGAGCAUAGGAUCCCCCAGUUGGAUGGCCCCAGAGAUGAUCACGAUCGGGGAGGAGGGCUACGGCAACAGAUCUGAUGUUUGGGCAAUCGGUAUAUCGACUAUCGAAAUGGUUGACGGCAAGGGACCUUUCGAAGAUAUGCAUCCGACAGGGGCGAUUUUCCAAAUACAACGGAACCCACCACCGAGCGUCCUCAAGCCUUCGAUGUCUUCGAACGAUCUUAAUGAUUUCGUUUCUGAGUGCUUGUCCAAAAAUCCAGAAUACCGGCCCUUCAUGAUGGAGCUAGAGGAACAUCCUUUCAUACAAACAGUUCCAGAAAACGACUUCCAUCUUUCGACUGAAUUGAAAAUGCUCGCGGCUGAGCUAAUGAACAAAGAGGCUCCACCAAGGGCACCAGAAAAAAUCAUCAAGAAUGGCCUCCUGACUACUCAAGGAGGAAAAGAACACGAAACGAUGCAAGUGGAAGAUCUUGCCGCAUUAGAACAUCUAACAGAAGAUAGCAUACUGUUCGAAUUACAGGUUAAAUUCCAAAAAGGUGCAUUCACUUCGUUUAUAGGGGACGUUCUUCUGAUACUCAACCCUAAUGCUGACGUAGACAUCUACCAUGAUGAAUAUCACAGAAAAUAUGAAUGCAAGUCGAGAUCAGACAACGAACCUCAUAUUUUUGCUGUUGCUGAUGCUGCUUACCAAGAUGCACUACAUCAUAACGAACCUCAGCAUAUAGUAUUCUCAGGAGAAUGUAAGGCCGGAAAAACUACGAGUAUGAAUCACGCCCUCUCUCAUCUCUCAUACUUAGGUUCUAUGAAAAACAAUACCGGUGAGAGAAUCCAGAAAGCGGCAAGAGUAAUUCAGGACUGUAUCACUGCCGCUACGCCAAUAAACUCUGAUUCGACGCGAGGAAUAUUUCAAAUUCAAGUUACGUAUGGGACUUCUGGAAAACUAAGUGGAGCUCUAUUCUGGCUUUAUCAACUCGAAAAGUGGAGGGUCUCGUCAACUGACAUGACGCACGCGAACUUCAACAUUCUCUACUAUUUCUACGAUGGACUGGAGGCGGAUGGACGACUUAACGAAUUUCACUUGGAAAGUAAUAGAAAACACCGUUACUUAAGAAUUCUCGAAGAACCAGGAAAAAUAAAUAAAGGAGUGAGAGAAACGCCAAUACCGAACGUACGAAGUUACAAAGAGUUCAGAGAAAACCUAAAGUUUCUAGACUGGGAUGAGGAAGAGAUAAAAUUUUUCGAAAAAGUUCUCGCAUCGAUAUUGAUUUUGGGGAAUGUGCGAUUCCGAGAUGGCAAAAAUGGUUCGGCAGAGAUUGAAAAUCUCGACGAUGCUAAGAAAGUUUCCAAAUUACUUGAACUAGAAGAAGUUAAAUUUCUAUGGGCUCUCCUAAAUUACUGUCUAAUUGAAAAGGGCAAUGCAGUUAAAAGAAGACACUCUACGGACGAAGCCAGAGAUGCAAGAGAUACCUUAGCAAGUGCAUUAUAUAAGCGACUGAUUGACUGGAUGGUUAAUCUUAUAAACUCUAAGUUAGCGUUUAUGCGAGCUGUUUUCGGUGACAAAUAUUCCGUGAGUCUUCUAGACAUGUUUGGUUUCGAAUGCUACCACAGAAACCGACUGGAGCAAUUGAUCGUGAAUACAACUAACGAACAGAUACAGUUUUUGUACAACCAAAGGAUGUUUGCCUGGGAAAUGCAAGAAGAGGCUGAAGAAGGAGUGAGGGCAGCGGCCUUACACUUUUACGAUAACAAAAAGUCAGUCGAUCAGCUUAUGAAGAAGCCUUUGGGCGUAUUCUAUAUUUUAGAUGACGCGAGUCGUGUCGGCGAAGGUGCAGAGUAUAUAAUGAAUACUAUGAAAACUAAAUGCAAAGGGCCAUACGUGAAACCUUGUGGCACCCACGAAUUCAGCGUAGCUCAUUACACGGGAAAAGUGAAUUACGACGUGAGGGAAAUGGCCGAUAAAAAUAAAGAUUUCUUACCACCGGAAAUGAUAGAGACGAUGAGAUCCUCUUCCAAUUUGAUCUUACAAGAGCUGUUCAGGAACAAGUUCACAAAGGCCGGUAAUCUUACAGCGUCGACCGAUGCCUCGCCAGCUCAGCCAGGCAGAUCCAAGUCUGAAAAGGAAUUAGAUAACCUUAAAGCAAGAAAGCACAACGUCGAAUCCAAAGGGCAGUACUCGCAGAUACGCAGGAUGAGGACAGCAUCCGCCGUAUACAGGGCCACCUCCUUGGAAAUUCUGAAGCAACUCUCGAUCGGACCUGGCAGCGGAGGCACGUUCUAUGUCAGAUGCAUCAGAACAGACCUCAACGACAGCCCCCGCGGCUUCCAGACGGAGGUGGUGAAGCAACAGCUGCGAGCAUUGGCAGUUUUGGACACUGCCAAAGCUCGCCAAUUCGGAUUUUCGUGUAGAGUACCGUUCGCUGAGUUUAUUCGAAGAUACCGAUUUCUGGCGUUUGAUUUUGAUGAAACAGUUGAGGAAACGGCAGACAAUUGCCGACUUCUUCUCAUUCGUCUCAAAAUGGAAGGAUGGGAACUGGGAAAAACUAAAGUAUUCCUCAAGUAUUACAACGAAGAGUUCUUGUCACGGUUAUACGAGACACAAGUCAAAAAGAUUAUCAAAGUACAAAGCAUGAUGCGGUUGUUCUUGGCAAAACGUAAAGCAACGAAGGACAAAUCGAAAGCUAUGCACCUCAAAGGAUUAAAGAAACAGCAAUCACAACAAAGGCCCGAUUGUUCAGAAGAAGAAGCGGCAUUACGUAUACAAAAAGCUUACAGAGGCUUUGUAGUGCGUAAAGCGUAUGGACCUCUUGUCAACAAAUCCACAGGACAAAUAGACGAAACGACAGCAAAGUUCCUCAAAAGUUUUGCAAGAAAAUGGAAGAGUAGAUCCAUGUUCCAAGUUCUUUUACAGUAUCGAGCAGUCCGCUAUCAAGACCUGGUGAACUUUUCACAACAGGUGCACAUCUAUAACCAAGGUGUUGUGGAUUCAAUCCUGAACACGAGCGUGCCCAUUUCCCUGGACCGGGUAGACCCACAGGCCAAUCAGAGCACUUUCCUUGGAAACGCGCCUCAAUCAGUGUGGAAGUUGCCAUUCCGAAUUGAUCAGAUUCAGUACUACGACACGUCGCAUAUGUGCGAUCCCAACAUGAAGAAGUCGGACACUUACGCAAGUCCAACUGACUCCGACAACGAACCGUGGGAUGAACCUUUAAGGAGACGUUGCAAUGCAGCGCAGACCGAUCCUUUUAAAGCGUCUAUAAGUACACAGACUUUGAUAACGAUCCCGUUCUGCAGAGAUCCUACCCUUCCCGUUCCGACACUUCCGCCCGACGAGCCCGAAAUAUAUCCUCGAUCUAAGAGCCCCAACAAGAUCAUGUACCCCAGAAGUUCCGGACGGAGUCCCUCACCUCAAGCGUACUAUCAGCCCCCGGCGCCCUGGCACGAGGACACGAACGUUCUGGAGAACACUUCGCCGCCUCUUCGACGACCGACCCGCGUCCACUAUAACAUCGACGCGAGCGAUCUCCCGGACCCCAUAAGCGAGCUGCACGCCCUGGCUAAACUGUCGCACACGAACGAAAACGAGGACGACCCCCCGUUUAACUUCCAAGCGAUGCUAAAGCGGACCCCGAGGAACAGAGCGUCGAUGAAGAGGCACGGAGAAAUAAGAGAGAGCGGUGAGGAAUCGAGGUCUUCGGGCGAAUCGCGCUCUGUUUACUACGGUGGCAACGGAAACAGUACCAGGAAUCAGGAGACCAGAUUUAGUGGAAGGGAAGAUUACGAUGACUUCGGGGACAAUUCCAGGAGAAAUUUCCCGGGUAGGGACAAUAGGGAUGUCCGGGAAACUAUAGAAAUAGCGCCGGGGAUCACUUUGGAAGGUGAGGUGGCAGACUUGUAAUACAAAUACGUGUUUGUUCCGUAAAAAUAUAUUUGAUCUCCAUUGCACUGGAAGUUCACAUUGUUACAGUGUUCCUUACUUACUUUUAAAGCCAUGUAUUACUUGUUACUUUAAGUCAUUAUUAUGCUUAUAGUUAAUAUAAUUUCUCAAUAGAGUUAAGUAGAUAUAUAAAAUAUGUUAGAGCCUUCGAAAACGCCUAGCAUAAUUACACAAUAUUGUCAAAAAUACACAUACAAAGGACGAUCCAAAAUGUAGAAAAAUAUAUCACUCGCACUCUAUAAACUAUGAUAUCCUUAUUCGAAAUUGCUUUGGUAACUUAUUUAUUAUUAUAAUUCAGAAAUGAUCUUUGACUGCC